AUGCAAAAAACAGUCGUAGUUACUCCAGUAUCAUGGGAAAAUUGUGGAAGCGAAUCAAAUGAUAUCAAACUGCUAAAUCUUGCAAUAAGUCCAGAUCCAAUUGUGGGUUCUGAAUUGGUUUCUAUAACAAUUACUAUCUAUACUAAUCAAAAGUUAGCAAGUCCGUUAAAAGCAACAAUGUCAGUGAGCAAAUAUUUUUUUAUAAUUUAUGUUCCAAUUCCUUGCGGUGAUAUUCUUUCAUGCACAUAUGAUGAUCUUUGUACUUCUUUUAAACAAUAUAAUUGUCCAAUAGAAGAAGGACUACAUACAUUGAAUUUUUCAAUGAAAGUUGGUUCUAUACCCGAGAUACUUGUUGGAAAAUACCAAGCACAAAUCGAUAUAGAAACUAGUUCACAAGGAAAAGGUUGUGUUAAAAUUAAUGAUAUAUCUGUCGAAGCAAAUAAAUGA